CCCACUUCCCAAACCCAACUCCACACUCUCAAACCUUCUAAUGACCAGAGUCCCAAAACCCCACUAAACCCUCCAAACCACAAUCACAUUUGCAACCUCCUCCUCUCCCUAACUCACUCAAGGGCCCUCCCAAAGGGUCUCCAGCUCCACGCCCAUGUCAUCAAAUCAGGCUUCCAAACCAUCCCUCUUGUCUCUCACCACCUCAUCAACUUUUACUCCAAAAACCAACUCCCCCUCCUUUCCCGCCAAAUUUUCGAACAAUUUCCCCACAAGUCCUCCACUACUUGGAGCUCCCUCAUCUCUUCCUUUGCCCAGAAUGAGCUCCCUCUUCUUGCCAUUCGCUACUUUCGCCGAAUGCUCGGCACCUCACUGCGCCCCGAUGACCAUAUAUACCCCAGUGUCACCAAGUCCUGCGCAAUUCUGAACCGCCCUGAUGUUGGGCAGUCUAUACAUUGCCUUGCAGUCAAGACCGGGUAUCAUGUUGAUGUGUUUGUGGCAAGUUCUGUUGUUGACAUGUAUGCGAAAUGUGGGCAGAUAAGACAUGCCCGCAACAUGUUCGAUGAAAUGCCUCACAAGAAUGUGGUUUCUUGGAGUGGGAUGAUUUACGGGUACACUCAGGCCGGGGAGGCGGAGGAGGCUUUGGUGCUUUUUAAACAAGCAUUGCUUGAGGGUUUGGACGUCAAUGAUUUUACAUUUUCGAGUGUUGUAAGGGUUUGUGGCAGUUCGACGCUUCUUGAAUUGGGGAGGCAAAUACAUGGCUUGUGCUUCAAGACCAGUUUUGAUUCGUCGAGUUUUGUUGGUAGUUCUUUGGUGUCAUUGUACUCUAAGUGUGGAGUGAUUGAAGGAGCUUAUCGAGUUUUUGGUGAGAUACCUGUUAAAAAUCUUGGGAUGUGGAAUGCAAUGCUGAUAGCCUGUGCGCAGCAUGUGCACACGAAUAAGACCUUCGACCUGUUUAUACAGAUGGAAAGUACUGGGAUGAAGCCGAAUUUUAUUACAUUUUUGUGUGUGCUCUAUGCUUGUAGUCAUGCUGGGCUAGUUGAAAAGGGGCACCAUUACUUUCGGCUCAUGAAAGAGUAUGGGAUUGAGCCAGGGGAAAUGCAUUAUGCUUCCUUGGUGGACUUGCUUGGCCGCGCUGGAAAGUUGCAGGAUGCAGUCAAAAUAAUAGAGGGGAUGCCUUUUGAACCCACAGAAUCUGUAUGGGGAGCCUUGUUAACAGGUUGUCGACUCCAUGGAGACACUGAAUUGGCAGCUUCCGUGGCUGACAAAAUCUUUGAGUUGGGUUCUGUAAGCUCUGGGAUGCAUGUGCUCGUAUCUAAUGCUUAUGCUGCUGCUGGGAGAUUCGAGGAAGCAGCAAAAGCUAGGAAGAUGCUAAGAGACCGAGGGGUGAAAAAGGAGACAGGUUUGAGUUGGGUUGAGGAAGGAAACAAGAUUCACACAUUCGCUGCUGGGGACAGGACUCACAUGAGGACUAAAGAGAUUUAUCAGAAGUUGGAAGAAUUAGGGGAGGAAAUGGAGAGGGCUGGUUAUGUUGCAGACACAAGUUUUGUGCUUAGAGAAGUAAAUAAUGAAGAGAAAAACCAGACGAUUAGGUAUCAUAGUGAAAGACUAGCUGUGGCAUUUGGCCUUUUAACCAUUCCUACAGAUAGGCCAAUCAGGAUUAUGAAGAACUUGCGUAUUUGUGGUGAUUGUCAUACUGCUAUCAAGUUUAUGUCCAAGUGUUCAGGAAGGGUUAUCAUUGUUAGGGAUAACAAUAGGUUUCAUAGGUUUGAGGAUGGAAAAUGCACUUGUGGAGAUUAUUGGUGAUUAAGUUUCACAAAUUACAAAGUCUAGUUGAGAAGUUGGAGAAGCAUUAUUCUCUUAUUUUGGUACUGGAUGCAAAUGAACCAGCUUUAAACAUAAAGAUUUUAUUUCACCAAAUUCUUUUCCAGGUUUGUGUAUUAAGUAUGUAAGGAUUUUGUAUCUUCUUUGGAUGAUGCAGACUACCUCGGCCCAUGAUCCUAGUAUGGUAGAAAUGCGCCAUAAUCUUGAGUUUAUCAACUUCUUUACUGAUGAUCGAAGAAUAAACUAGUAUGGUGGAGCAUUUGAAGGGAUGCCAUGAUCCAAAGCCCGAGAUGCAGUGACUGAUGCCAUAAUUUUGAGUUUAUCGACAUCUUUACUGAUGAUGGAAAAAUAAACCAGUAUGGUGGAGCAUUUGAAGGGAUGCCAUUAUUCAAAGCCUGAGGAGGAACACCAACAAGAAAUACAAACAGUCAGUAGUAAAAGAGUGGAGGAUUCGGCUGAUGAACCCAAGUCGGGGGAUUUCAGUUACAUUCUGUCAGAAAUGAAGAUGACUGUUUAUAGUAUGUCUGUACCUGAUUUCUAUAAGUUAAUCAAAAAAAAUUGAGUCUGUUCAUAAGUCUAUAUGCAAGGAUAUUCAGGAGUCGUUUAAGGUACCGGAAGCUUGUGGAAUGUGGAUAAAAAGAGAGGUAGACAAGUAUGUAGAAGCUGGAGUGUUUAGUUUAUCUUGGUGGGGUUUGUUAGAUUAUGUAAGAAUAAAUUGUUGUUUGCAGAAAAUUGCCAUUUCAAGAGAAACAUGUUAAGCAGCAGGCGUCGAUUCUUGGAAACAUGGAAGAUUUUGGGGUAACAAAGAGUUUCAUAGCAAAGGAGAGAGCUGACUGUGACGAUGGCAAUGGGUUCCCUGUGAGCGAUGACUGUGAUUAUAGCAAUGGUGUCCCAGCAGUGGUUGAGUUUGGAGUGGGAAGAGGAUACUUGACACAAAUGCUGGCGGAUUGUUAUGGCAUUAAAAGGGUCUUUUUGGUUGAAAGGAAGUCAUACAAGCUGAAGGCUGAUCGAUCCUUGUGACAGAAAGAGAGCUUGAUAUUGCAGCGUUUGAGAAUUGACAUUGUGAUGCAGAUUUAAAGAGCUGCGGUGCAGAAAAGCAGCUAUGAUUUGCAUUGACAUUUGUGGCAGACAGACAGAUGAGAUUAAGGGAAUUAAUUGUUGAAGUAUUUCAGAUUCAUAUCAUGGCUUUUUAAGAGACUUGAGAAGACAGUUUUCCUCAUCCUGUGAAGCUACUCAUGGUUGAAAAUUUUAUGUUGCUACUUAUGCACCUACUCAUGAGAACCUCCAAAGGUAUCUUGUAAGUAUUCAAAGUAUCUCACUAGAAGAACUCGAUGAAUGCAUACUUUAAGGGUGUCAGAUGUAACCACAUGACAUCAGACUUUUGAAAAUUGUUCUACGGAAUUGGGAUUCAGAUGCACACAAGUUAGCAAUAACAAAGAUGGUUGAUGUGAUCUGGGUUAAGAUUAUGGUCUGAUCCAUCAAUUCUAGUUAAUAUGGUUGACAAGUCUACUAUCAGCUGGUAGCACAUUAGAGGUUCAUGGUGACCCCAUUGAAGUUGCCGAUGUAGAUUGCUGGUAAGAGGUUGCAGACUUGCAACUAUUUGGUUUACCAUGCUAUCAUUCACUGUACAAUUAUUUUCAAGAUUCUUUUAUGGCUUACAACUACAAUUUGACAUACUCAAAGUCAAUACAUCCUAUUCCACCAGUAAACGUACCAGUGACAAAGACUAGUUCUCAGGUAGCAGUAACCAUAAGCUCUCCUCCAAAUUGCCAUCCAACAGGCCGGUCUACUGCAAGAAAGAAUCUAAAUCACAAGAAAUCGCGAAGGGUCAACUCCAAUGCAGGAGAUGCAAGGGUCUUGGAUCUCAUGAAAUGGUCAGUCUAUUACAGUUCCACUUGCAAAGAGUUAUUAUUAGAAUGGUAGACUUUACACUGUGAUUGUGAUUAAUCUUGUGAUUCUAUGAAGUCAGUUAGUGACCGUAGUGAAUUAAUGAACACAAUGACAUGUUGAUAUGCUCCUUAGUCAAGUCUUUUUGUCUGUAUCAUAAAUUACAGUUAUUUGGUGUAUAUGAGUGUUAAUGG